GAGUUCAGAAAAUAUUGAUGGCGGCCACAUGCUCAUCGGAACUUUGGUAUCUCCAGUUGUGAAUUUUGUGAAUUAAAUUGUUAUAUCAUACCUGCAGCCUCACAGAACCCCGCAGGAUGAAGGAUACACCUCUUGCCAACUGUGAGCGGGAUUUCCUGCUUAAAGCCAUCGAGGAGAAAAAGCGGCUGGAUGGACGGCAGACCUAUGACUACAGAAAGAUAAAGAUCACGUUUGGCACGGACUAUGGAUGCUGCUUUGUCGACCUGGGGAGAACCAGGGUCAUGGCUCAGGUGUCCUGUGAGCUGGUGGCUCCUAAAGAGAAUCGACCAAACGAGGGAAUCAUGUUCUUUAACAUCGAACUGUCGCCCAUGGCCUCACCAGCAUUCGAACAGGGCAGACAGUCUGAGUUAUCAGUGAAGCUAAACAGACAGCUGGAGAGAUGCCUGAGGAACUCCAAGUGCAUUGAUACAGAGUCCCUGUGUGUGGUGUCUGGAGAAAAGGUGUGGCAGAUCAGAGUGGAUGUCCACAUGUUGAAUCAUGAUGGGAACCUGAUGGAUGCUGCCAGCAUCGCCGCCAUCACUGCUCUGUGCCACUUCAGACGCCCUGACGUCGCCAUCCAGGGAGAUGAAGUCACAGUGUUCAGUCCAGAGGAGAGAGACCCUAUUCCUCUAAGUAUCUACCACAUGCCCAUCAGUGUCAGCUUCUCCUUCUUCCAGCAAGGAACAUAUCUGCUAGUGGACCCCUGUGAGCGGGAGGAGCGGGUGAUGGAUGGCUUGCUGAUGAUUGCUAUGAACAAACACAGAGAAAUCUGUUCCAUCCAGUCCAGCGGGGGCAUCAUGCUGCUUAAGGACCAGGUCAUGAGAUGCAGUAAGAUUGCCAGUGUCAAAGUGUCUGAAAUCACAGAACUCAUCGGCAAAGCCCUGGAAAAUGACAAGAAAGCCAGGAAGGCAGGCGGUAGGUGUGGUUUUGCAGAGUCUAUUCCUCAGGAGCGAAUCACAGCUCUGAAAAUGGAGGAGUCUCCAGUGGAGAUGAUGGAUGUAACAGAAAGAGCCAAUGACAUUGUCCAGAAAGCAGAGGCCCCACCUCAGACGGUACCAUCCCCAGUGGUGCCUGUUCCAGGUGUGGGUCAGGUGGGUCAGGGGCUGCAAAACACCUGGGGCCUGGAGGAUGAUGACGAAGAGGAAGAAGAGGAGGAGGAAAAUGGCAACAGAGGUGAAGAACAGGAGGGGAAAGCAUCAAAGAUGGAAAAGUAUGAAAAGGAAGAGAGCAGAGGAGGAGAUGUGGUUGAAAUAUCAGACAGUGAAGAGGAGGAAGUGGUCAUACUUCAUCCAGAGACAUCAGACAAAGCUCCUGUAAAUACAGGAUCCAGAUCCAGUUCACACCAGAAGGGGGCAGCAAAAUCCAAGAAAAAAUGAAUGAAGGAGCCAUUUAUGGUCACUGCAGCAGGAUAUGUGUUAAUGUACAGCUACAGCGGUGCCAGACACUGCAGCACCGCCUCAUGAUAAAGACUGUCCUGGUUUAAAAUGAUUCCUGUGUGUUACAGCAGAGAACUGGGAUCAAAUAAGUAUUACAGUACAGAGACACUUAAAAGUGCUGGAUUCUCAACAUGAGAACAUUCAGUAAAGUUAACAUCUGUUGGUAGCUGUGUGGUCAGCUCAGAAGCAAGUUUUGCUUACAAAUGUAGAGAGUAUGAUUUGUUACAUAAUGUAUUUUAACAAUGAAAUGAUGUAUAAGGACAAAUUUUAGAUGGUAUGAUUAAAGAAAAUAUUCUCAACCACCGUUUGGUGUUUAGCAGAGCAGCAAAGUGGUAUAUUUUGUAAGAAAAAAAUGUGGUCUGUGGUGUUAAUUGUGAAUCAACAUAAAAAAGAAAAUAAAUAACUCUUCGUUUUUGUA